UACACUUGUACAGUCACUCGUACGGAAGUGUGUAGGCGGAGCGGCCUAGCUGAAACACUGCGCCAGAGAUACUGUAACACCGUCGUUACGUGUUCACCACGCAUCUCCGUCGGUUGUAGAGCGGACAGACCACCGAGGACCGCCCCGUUACCAUGCCGGGACUGCAGCACACGUUCGCGGACCGCGUCCGGCGGCGCUGGCUCUGCCCACUGUGCCACCUCCCCAUGAACGACCCCGUACAGAUCACGACGUGUGGACACCGCUUCUGUGACACAUGUCUACAAGAAUUCCUCAGUGAAGGGGUAUUUGAGUGUCCAGAGGACAAACUAGCGCUGGAUUAUGCCAAGAUCUACCCUGAUGAGGAUAUGCAUGAGGAGAUUCUGAACACCAAAGUGCGCUGUUCUCACUGGACUGACGGCUGUUACUGGGUGGACAAGGUCACACGGUUACAGGACCACCUGAGAACGUGUAAGUACACGCCUGUCCAGUGUCCUAACGACUGUUCCGCCCUGCUGACCCGCCUCCGUCUGGACGACCACCUCGAGCACGAGUGCUCUCGCCGACAGUGCAAGUGCGAGUUCUGUGGCAUGCGCAUGUCCUGGGAGAGAAUGGAGCAUCACGAGGGAAACUGCCCCCAGGAGUCUGUGUACUGUGAGAACAAGUGUGGAGCCCGCAUGCUGCGCCGCUUCCUCAGUAACCACACUGUCAACGAGUGUGCCAAGAGAACCGUUCCCUGUCCGCACUGCAGCAAGCAGUUCCUCUACGACACUCUGCCGGACCACUCGUACAACUGUCCCAGGUUCCCUGUCAGCUGUCCUAACCGCUGUGACCCGACCAAGAUCCCACGGGAGGAGGUAGAACAACAUCUCCAUGACAACUGCCCUUCCACCAUGGUCGUCUGCCCGUUCUACGAGUCUGGCUGUAAACACAAGUGUCCCCGGAAUUCCCUGGACAGACAUCUACAACAGGAGAGCGGGUCUCACCUCAAACUCAUGUGCCAACUGGUCAGCCGACAGAAGAACGACAUCUCGCAACUCAGGAACCAGCUCCAGACCGUGACCACCAACCAGGACGGGACGCUGCUGUGGAAGAUCGCCGACGUUGAUGCCAAAUUCAAGGAAGCCAAAGCCAGCAACAACUGUGAACUUGUCAGCCCUCCCUUCUUUACAGGGAAGCACGGGUACAAGCUGUCUCUGUCCGUGUUCCUCAACGGUAACGGUUCUGGUGAAGGGUCGCAUUUGUCUCUCUACGUACGCCUGCUGCCGGGAGAGUACGAUUCGCUCCUGCAGUGGCCGUUCACCCACGCGAUGACGUUCAUGGUGAUGGACCAGGGAGACCCAACCAACAAGCGGGAACACCUGACAGAGUCCUUCAUCCCAGACCCCACCUGGAAACACUUCCAGAAGCCCAGCCACCACGACAAGAAGUCGCUCGGCUUUGGCUACCCGCAGUUUGUCUCACACCAGACCCUCAAGACACGAGGGUACAUCGUGGAUGACUGUCUCUUCAUUAAGUGUAUCGUGGAUCCGUCCCGAAUCGUUGAGCCAUAGAGAUCUAAAAGAUUUAAGUCGGGUUAGAGAUCUGUUGCCUAAUAUUUGAAAAUCCAAAAUCAUUGUAAAGUCUGUAAACUCAAGAAAUUGAUGUAUUAACAUAUUGUAUUAACAUAUUGUAUUAACAUAAUCUAUGAUUUCUCAAUUCCAUGCAUACAGGUUUCCUGCACAGAUCUAGAGGAAGUAUGUGUACAUGACAAUAUUUAGAAUGUUUUAACUUAGUGUAAGAGAACCUAUGUUUUAGUUAUGAGUUAAUACCUAGAUAAAAAAAGAGCUAUGUUUUAACAUGUAUUCAGAUUUCCAAUUUGAUUUUAUGUCACAAGCUAUUUAAAACCACUGAAAUUUUAUGUGUGAGUUGGUUCCUAACAGAUUAUAUAAUUCAUCACAUAGCAAUGUAUUAUUGUCAUAUUGUGUUGUGUGGUGGUAUGAUAUAAUGUACUACAUGUUAAUUAUAGGAUUAUAGCAAACUGUGUGAUGACAUUGUUACAAAGAGUAUGUGACUUAUACUCAAGUGGAAAAUAGAUGUCAAAUAUUGCAAGACAGUUAUUUAAGAAUGAUCAUUGACAGGAAUUUUAAGAUAUUUUACAUUGUUACAUUGUCUAUAAUGUGGGGAACAGACUGUAUGUACCCCAGAACGACCAACAUACAUAUGAUCCUGGUACUACUGCAGUGACCUUGUGUUUUAAGUAAGAAAAUUGUUUGUGUAAAUGUCAAUGAGUAUUUUUGUUGAUACAGUGUACUUGCCAUGUUAAGCUAUAAUGAGUCAGUUGACAACGUUGAGCCACAAGUUCAUCAAAGCCAUUGUUAAUUAAUAGCAUUUCUAGCCUUUACAGCAGGCUUUCUAACUAGUCCAGUAACAUGGAAGUUGAUCUGUGUUGGUAGUAAUCAUGAUGCUAAACUUUAUUCCAACACAAAGGGUACACAAGAAUCAAAUUUGUGUAAUGUGGCAAGAAUGCAAUUUCAAACGAUUUUGUCCCCUAUUUUUUGUGAUGAAGGCUGCCAUGUUCUCUUGCCUAACAGUGCUACAGCAAUCAGGAAACUGCUUAGAAGCAAAACUGCUCACACGUUGUAUAUAUAUCAACACCAACCAUAGCCUGCUUUUGAGGACAAUGUAUAUGUAACGUUAAGCAAGAAUUAUCAAUUAUACCUCAGACAACAGCCACAUAUGCUCAAGAUUGAUAUAAAGGUUACAAUGUUUGUCAUUAUUAACAAGUUGCUGUAUGUGAUUAUCUACCACGACAGUGUUGAACUCAAUAUUUGUUGAUCUAAUGUAAUCUCCAAGCAGAUUUUGGAAGAAGGGAUUAAAAGUUAAUCUAACAUUUUUUGGGGGGUGACAGAAAAUGGGUAGACAGAAAAUAUUACCCCCAUCUACUUGGAGAUAAACGUAUUGUACAGUGGUCAAGGUUGCUAUCUUCUUGUACAGAUGUGUUUUAUAUACCUUUUUUUGUGUUUAGUGUUUGUAAAUAAAUAUGAUGAACUGUGAA